UGUUGUGUGUGUCAUGUCAAGACCUCGUCAGGAGGGAGACAGCAUAGCGACGGCGCUGGCGACGGCUGCAACGAUAACGAUGAACAUCAUCGCCGCCAUCAUCACCAUUACCCACACCAUCACUGCUGCGCAUCACUCGUUCAUAGCACCGUCAGCUGCUCAUUCGACCUCUAUUUGAAGUAGACUACUCGUUUUGUCAACACACACACAAACACAAAGAGCUCUGACCUCAGAUCACACAUUACGCUCGUCUUUCGCAUCUCCGAGACUACCUUCAUAAAUCAUCAACCACUAUGGGGCCCAAACGUUCGGCUCCGCCCACGCCCAAUGGCAGCUCAAUGGUAUCACCGGCUCGAAGCACUCGCAGUACAAGUAGAAGUGUGCGGGGUGCGGGCGAUGAGGACGAUUGGGAGUCUCAAAGUGUCCAGAGUCAGACUACCAAUGGAGCAUUUAAAGUGCCCAAUGCUCGAACUGGACGGACCAAUCGCCACCUCGUCGGGCUAAAAGAUACCAGCGUCAAUAUCGCCGCAGCCUUCCAUGCUGCUCAGACCGGGCAGAUCCCCACGCCAACAUCCGAACGAAGCUUUGCCCCUCCUCCAGCAUCCAAAUCGAAAGCAGCUUCUCAGAGAGCUAACAACGGUCGAGCGAAAUCGCCCAUCGAACAAGUAGCCUCUUCAGCUAGGGCUCUGAAACCCGUUCGAUACUUUCUCAGACCACCAGGUGAAGAGGGUGAAGAGGACGAUCCGUCCUUUGAAUCGUACAGGUCAACGGACACGAGUUACGACUAUCAACAGGAAGAAGCGUACGUUCGAGCUGCACAACAGCAACAAGAGGCAGCGAAGCAAGGCCGACGCGUAAAUGACGGAAGGAAACGUCAUCGUGGAGAUGAAGGAGACAUGCCAUACCGUCCAGGUGAGGACGAUUGGCAAGGUAAUUCAGAGGAUUCAGGAGAAGAAGAAGGAGGGGGAGAAGGGAUAGUCAAGAAUGGGGGAUUAGAAGGUCGCGCGGAGACUCGGGGACAGAGGAAGGAGCGAGGAGAAGGAUACCUAGGGAAUGGGUCAGGGAUACAACCGAGAACAAGGAGGAGUCACCACGCGGAUGAAGAUGACAGGGUCGACGAUGAUUAUAGGGAACAGACGCCCGUCAAUCACUUCCCAUUAAAUCACCACGGCGCAAAUCGUCAUCUUCGAUCUCCAACACCUGUCCAAGCGCUUGCUCGAGCUUUCAGUCCUCAUCCCCGUAGUCCGACACCUCAAUUCGCUCGACGUAAACGUCAACCCUCCUCCGCUCGCACUGUUGUCACCAAUCUCCUCCACGGAAUGGUGAUAGCGUUACAAACCAUUGUCGAACUCGUGGUCUCGACGCUAUCGUUGUUGCUCGUCCAUCCGCUCAGAUCUGCAGCAGCGAUGAUGAAGAGCGUCUUACGUAGAGCGAAAGAAGAUUGGUGGAAAUGGUUGAGCGCAAUGCUAGCUCUCUCUCUAGCUCUGCGCAUGCUCAACUCGCCCUGGUGGAGAGGAACCACAGGAGUGUCUCCGGUACCAUCUGGAUCGCUGAGCGAGCUCGCAGACCGACUGCAUCAUCUCGAAAGAGCAGUGUCCCUCCUCUCUGACUCGGCAAAUCUCUUAGCGGACGCCGAACAUGUUGGCAAGGAAGUAGAUACAUCUUUGAUCCGUCGCAUCGCUCAACUGGAAUCUACCAUAUCAUCGGGUCAAAAGGAUCCCUUAGCGGAUGCUGCAAUCAAGCAUUUGAAACAGUGCAUCUUCACUCUGCAAACAGAUCUCAACGACCUUUCGAGCCGCAUAGGGAAGACAGAGACACACUUCAAACGACUGAACAGCCUCGAGACUGACGUCCAAGCGCUCAACGCCCGAGUUGACGGUGUGGAGAAAGACGUCAGGUCGGCUCUGGAUGAUGGACGACUUCGCAAGUCAUUGGACAGGAUUCUACCCGACUUCAUGCCUGUGAAGCGCAAUGCCCGUGGGACAGUCGACAUUGAACCAUCCUUCUGGGUCGAAAUGCGCAAGGUCUUGGCCGGCAAGAGUGAUGUGGAGGAGAUGAUAAGGAAAGCUCUAAAGUCGGGGAGCAAUCCUAGUCAACCGCCUCGAGAUCCUCUAGCUAGAUCUGAUGAAGACCUCGACGCGUGGGGCGAGAAGCUGUUCCAGCGUAAGACAGCCGAAGGAGUCAUGCUCUCUCGAAGCGAUUUCCUCUCAGUCUUGGAUACGGAAAUCGCCAACUUGCGGCAUUUGAUCGACAAUCUACCUCGUCAAAAGCAAUCCGUGAUUCAAUCUUCCAGAGGAGAGGACAUGACGUCUGUUCUUCAAGACUUGAUCGACGCUGCGUUGCUCAAGUACUCCAAGGAUACUUUGGCCAGGCCAGACUUUGCCCUCUUCUCCGCUGGAGGAAGGAUCGUACCAUCCAUCACGUCCGACACUUUAGUCAUGCGCGAGCCUUCUACCCUGGGUCGAUGGGUCAUGGGUCAAAAAGCGAUCGAAGGCCGAAGUCCUGCCACUGCCUUGCAUCCCGAUACAUCUGUAGGAUCCUGUUGGCCAUUCAAGGGGUCUCAAGGUCAACUGGGAGUCUUGCUGAAUAGCCGAGUGGUGGUUACCGAUCUGACAGUUGAACACGCCGCCUCAGAGCUCGCUCUGGACAUCACCACGGCGCCGAAGGACGUUCAAGUGUGGGGAGUCGUGGAAGGCUCAGAGAACAAGGCCAAAGUCGAGAGAUAUCUGGAAUCUCAUCCGAACUCCGACUUCAAUACGUCUGAUCAGAUCCUUCUCGGUUCCUUCACUUACGAUCCAUCCUCUCCGUCUCAUAUUCAAACGUUCCCCGUCGAACCUGCCGUCGUGGAUCUAGGUAUCGAUGUUGGAAUCGUCAUUUUCAGGAUUCAGUCGAACUGGGGAGCUGAGUUUACAUGCUUGUAUAGGAUACGGGUCCACGGAGAGGUCGCGACGUAAAGAAUAACAUCCGGAAAGCGGGGAAAAGAUUUGCAGUAUGAGCUCAAUCUUCAACAGUAUCAUCUGUGUAUAAUCUGCAGAUUGUGCAGCCACAUGACGACCGACGAGCACAAACCUGCAGAAACUAGGUUUUGACCAUUCUAGUAGUCUGCUCAUGGCCCAGUGACGAUAAAUGUCGGACGGUAGAGCCAUUCGAGGUUUAGGGUUCAAUGGUGGGGACGACGAUCACACACGUCGUGUGCGAGCUUCUUAUUUCUUGGUCAUCUCGCACGUUUUGACCUGCGACGAGUCGCUUGUUCCUUGCCCCUCUCUCCGUCCUCCU